AUAUCAGAUCAUCGAGCCAGUCUCUCACUCUCUCUCCAAACUCUCCUCCUGAAAACACUGACUGUUUAUAUCCUCCUUGAAAUUAAGAUAGAAACAAAGAUGGUGCGAUUUGGUUGUUGUGUUUUGGCGUUUCUUACGAUUGCUUUGUUUUCUGUGCAUGGAGCAUCGCUAGGUAAACGUACAAAGCGUGAAACGUGUGGAGUCAUGAUGAUUCGCACGAAUAAUUGCAGUAACCAUGGUUACUGUCGCGAAGACAACAUCGGACCUCAUUGUAUGUGUUACGAAGGAUGGGGUGGUUAUCUCUGUCAGGAUGCCAUCAACACACCACAAGGAGAGAGGAGCCCCCUUGUCGAUGACGGCGGCAAUAACGACAGUGAUAAUGAAGAUGAUGACGAUGUUGUACAGGUGACAGAAGUAACCAGACGACCAGAGGUCACAACCCAAGCAAUGAACGAAGAAACGACUGUAGACCAAGACAGCGACGGCGACGAUGAUGAUGACGAUGACGAGGUGAUGAGAACAGAACGUCCUAACUCUACACAAGAUGGUGGUGCUAUUGGUGGAGAUGGCGGAAUGAGUGAAGGAGAACGUAUAGCAUUCCUAUGUGAUGAGCUCUAUGCUGGAACCAAUACAUGUAGUGACAGACAAGGUCAUUGUUCUGUGGAUGGCAUUGGAGCUUUCUGUCAGUGUAAUAUUGGAUUCAUAGGAGUUGCGUGCCAAUACAGAGCCGAGAAUGUCGCCCAGGUUCUGCAAGCUCUAAUUGCCAUGAUGCGUGAUCCUCACUAUCGAGUCAUCGGUGGCUUUACUCCAUAAGAUAACACUUGAUUGCCUACAUCAUGUACAUCAUUCGCAUUAUUAUAGUCGGAUCUCAGGAGCUGUAUUUCACACGUCUGUUUUUAUUGGCAACUCCUAGGUUUUACCUUCCCAUUGUAAUUUAACGAAAUACACGUUUUUACAGCAAGUUGUUGUUCUCUUACCUCAGUAAGAACGAUACUUGAAUUUUCGAUAUUAGUAUAUACUACUAGUAGCAGGUUUACAUUUCUGCCUUAAGAGGUGGUUUGACAGGCGCAGAGUCAGGAAUCCCCCCCCCCCCGAUCUCCACACCGAACAGUCAUCACCUAUAAUGAUUGGCGUUUGGUCACCAGACAAAAAGACACCCCCC